AUGACGGCUUUAAUAGUGUCCGCUUCUGAUAUUAAUUCAAGUUUAAAUGGCAGAUCACUUCCUAAAUAUGAGGAAAUCAUGGAUUAUCAAAAUAACUGGAGCAACAUGGAGAACUUCCUGUACCCAGAGAACACAGCCUACGACUCUGGCUUUCUGAAUAUCCCAAGCAGUAACUUCAACAUGCCACAAUCCCCAUCUUUUGGCGCCGCAGACCGAACUGUUUCUGUCAGUGCUGUCACGCCCACAAGCCCCCACUACGGACCCAUGUCUGUUGGUAGUCCCGGGUCGUCCAGGGGCAGCAGUUGUAGUCCAGAUCCCCAUGAAGCAAUCUAUGACGACCUCCUGGAUCUUGACUUCAUACUCAGCAACUCCAUCGCCGGCCACAUCUAUAACGACACCAACAGCGCCCAGAAGAUCAAGCAGGAGCCGUCUGGUGUGGUCAGUGAGGGUCUGCCAGACUUUUCUUCCACGUUUCUGGAGAUCCCUGAGAUUAAGUUUGACGAUGAUAUGAACAACAACAACAGCAACAUGCUGGCUUUAGAUGGCGGUCAGAUGUUCAACAUCAGUAACAUGAACAGAUCACCGAGUCUCCACAUCUCAAACAACGCAAAUAUGAUGAGUCCACCGGGUUCUUUAAUUGCACCCUCCGCAUUGCAUCACUCCCGUCAGCAACAAACUAAUCACAGCCCUCAUUCGACAACUGACUUCAAGAUUCCAAAGCUUGAGCUUCCUCAGAUGGUCCAGUCUUGUACAUCGUACUCUGGGACUUUGACCGUGAUCCCCGCAAACCAGUUAUCUUCACAGACCCACCGUAUGAUCUUCCCUAUGCACAACGGCCAACUGUCCCCUCCAUCAUCGCCAGAAAACCAAGACCUCAACAUCCACAACUUCAAGAUGGGUCAGCGUCCUAUGUUCCCGAUGGGUCACCCCACACCAGCAGAUGUUCCCCACCAGUCCUCUGCCCACGUGGGCACCCAUUCUAACCCCCACCAGCUAAUCACACCCCCAUCGUCCCCACAUCUUGACCACCUAUUAAUGACCCAGCUCUCAGGCGAGACACCUAUUCAGCCAAAGAAACGAGGCAGGCACACCUGGGGACGGAAGCGACAGACCAGUCACUCAUGUACUCACCCUGGCUGCAGCAAAACUUACACGAAAAGCUCCCACUUGAAGGCUCAUCUGCGCACCCAUACAGGAGAGAAACCCUACCACUGCACCUGGAAGGGAUGUGGCUGGAAGUUCGCCCGCUCCGACGAGCUGACCCGGCACUACCGCAAGCACACCGGAGACCGGCCAUUUCAGUGCCACCUGUGUGAGCGUGCCUUCUCGCGGAGUGACCACCUGUCCUUGCACAUGAAGCGACACAUAUAG